AUGUCUGUAAGUGCUGAGGAUGGGCAAGCAUACAAAAGUGCAAAGAAGGAGGCAAAGCGAGCCAUGGCUAAAGCUAAAGCUGAAUCAGUAAGGGAGGCAUAUGAACAACUACAGAAAAGUCAGGAUAUAAGACAACUGAUACGGAUAGGCAAAUCAAGAGAUAAAGUUUUUAAGGAUCUAACAGCAAUAAAACAAAUGAAAGAUGAAACAGGAAUAAUUCUGCAUGACCAUGGAAAAAUAAUCCAAAGGUGGUUAAAUUAUUUUGAGAAAUUGCUGAAUGAAGAAAAUUUAAGAGUGAAAACUGAGGAAGGAGGGGCAAAUGAAGGAUUAAUGAUGGAUGUAAGUAGAGAUGAAGUCAAACAGGCAAUUGAAAAGAUGAAAAAUGGGAAGGCAGUUGGUAAAAAGGGAAUUGAUCUCCUUUGGGAUUUAAUGAAGAAGACUUGGUGA